UUUUUCUAUAUUCCCAUCUCCUCGGCGCCGGGGCAGGCGGUGGCAGCCCUUUCCCCUCGCUUGGCAUUCCCGGCACUGUGCCGGCCGGCUCCUUCCCCCGCAUUCCCGGGGGACAGCGGGAGCCGGGCGGGCAGUCCGAAGCAGCGCAGCUCUCCCCGCCCCCGGCUCCCGGGGCCCUCCCGGCUUUCGGGCGGCGGGGACGGGCAUGGAUUUGGCGGGAGUCUAUAAAAAGCCGCCGUGAGACGAGGCCACCGUCCUGCCAGAGCCGCCGGCGGAGGCUGGGGCGCGGCGCCAGCACCGCACCAUGAUCAACCCCAACUACUACCCCUGGGGCUACGACAGCGACAACGGACCAGAUCAGUGGCACAAAAAUUACCCUUUUGCAAAAGGACGCCAUCAGUCACCGAUUGAGAUCAAUAACAAAGAGGUGCAUUAUGAUAGUUCUCUACUACCGUGGUUUGCUAGUUAUGAUCCCGGUGCAGCUAAGACCAUCCUCAAUAAUGGGAAAACCUGCAGAGUUGUAUUUGAUGAUUCAUUUGAUAGAUCAGUGCUGAGAGGUGGGCCACUUCCAGGAGUCUACAGGCUGCGGCAGCUGCACUUCCACUGGGGCUCGUCUGACGACCACGGCUCAGAGCAUGUUGUGAAUGGAGUGAGGUAUGCAGGAGAGCUACAUUUGUUACACUGGAAUCCCAAAUACAGUAAUUACCUUGAUGCUAAGAGACGAACUGAUGGGAUUGCUGUUUUGGCCAUAUUUUUGCAAGUAGGGGAAACUCCCAAACCAGAGAUGAAGAGAAUUCUUGAAGAAAUAAAUGCUAUCAAAACAAAGGGGAAAAAUGCUCCUUUUCCAAACUUCGAUCCUUCAAUUCUUUUCCCUAAAUCUCAUGACUACUGGACAUACCAUGGAUCUGUCACUACUCCACCUUGCGAAGAGUGUGUUACCUGGAUUAUUCUUAGAGAGCCCAUCAUAGUCAGUUCAGACCAGAUGGCAAAGCUCCGCAGCCUCUCCAAGAAUGCAGAGAAUGAACCUGAUCACCCCUUGGUUGAUAACUGGCGCCCAACUCAGCCGCGGUAUUUCAGGAUGGUGAGCGCGUCGUUCCUCUAGGACCUGGCUCCUGUUGGGUGGCUCUGAGAGAGGCAACCUUUAGAAAUAAGAGGUGGUUUUGUUUUGUGUCUUUUGCUGCACUUACACAGAACUCCAGCUGUAUGUCUGGAGGCUGAAACUUGAGUUGUGGAAUGAGAAUUUCACUUUCAGAGGGUAGCAUUUAUUUAGGCAAAUCCUACUGUUAAAAUGGAAGUAGAGAAUCCGUUUGGUUCUUCAUAACUGCUUUAACAUUAGCUCUUGUUAAUAGUUCAAAGGAAGAAACAAGAUACUACUAAUAAUUACAGGACAGUUUCCUAUUGUGCAAGUGUCCCUUGAUGCUUGUCUGAUUGUAUACUAAAGAGGUUUCAGUUAAGAGAAGUAAUUGUUUUCACCAUUAAAGACAUAUUUUUCAGUAGAUGUUUUCAGCAUUAUCCAUAUCCAGCUCUGAGCUGCACCAGUUAAUUCACAAGGCAUUCUUGGAAAUUAUAAACUCUUUUUGUCUUUGGUACGUAAAAUAUGAAAGGAUAGGAAAUUGUGUUAUAAUCACUGAUAAAGAGCUGUACUUACUCUUUCUUAAAA